ACCCCAACACUCAAAAACCCUCUUCUCUUCUCUCUUAACAAAAUCCCUAAUUUCUUCUCUCUUUCAGCCUCUACUACUUCGUCAAGUAGUAUCAUCAGGCUGCGAUGGCGUUUUUGAGUAAAUUCGGCAAUAUACUUAGGCAUACUGCAACCAAGCAGACUGGAUCUGCAUUGGCUCCUUCCAGGCCGUCCAUCUUUCAGGCCAUAAGAUGCAUGACAACUGGGGCAAGUUCUAAGCUGUUUAUUGGAGGUAUUUCGUUUCAGAGUGAUGAACAAAGUUUGAGAGAUGAAUUUGCCAAAUAUGGUGAAGUUGUUGAUGUAAGAAUCAUCACAGACCGUGACACUGGUAGAUCGAGAGGAUUUGGAUUCGUCACUUACACUUCCAGCGAGGAGGCAUCAAGUGCCAUCCAGGCAUUGGAUGGUAAUGAGCUUCAUGGCCGCCGUGUAAGGGUGAAUUAUGCUACUGAUAGGCCUCGCAAUAACUUUGGAGGAGGUGGUUAUGGUGGUGGUGGAGGAUAUGGAGGCGGCGGUGGCGGUUAUGGAGGUGGAGGUGGCAGUUACGGAGGUGGAGGCGGCAGUUAUGGAGGUGGUAGCUACGGUUCUGGAAACGCUGAUGGUGGAUACGGUGGAAGUGGAGUUGGCUACAACAGCAGUGCCAAUUAUGCAUCUGGAAACACUUUUGACAAUGCUGGCACUGGUGGUUUCGGUGCUACUGACAACAGCUUCUCUGCUGGUGGAGCUCAAUUUGGAGAGGACAAAAGUGGUUUUGAUGAGCCAUUAGAAGGAAACAAUAGGGAUGAUGAUGACACUGCAGACUUCGAGAAAAGGGCCUGAAUUUUAAGAGAUUAGUUCUCUUGUCUGCAGUUCCUCAAGUAGAUUGUUUUUGUCAGAACUUCUAGUGCCUCUCUCCUGUCAUCCCUCUGAACCUUUUAUUUCAUUUGUGUUAAAUUUGGCUUUGAACUUAAUGCACCGCUUGCUGUGCUUUAUCAAACCUGAAUUCUGGAAAUAAUUGUAAUUCAAGGUUUCCUUAUAUGCUUGGUAAUUGUUUUUAGUGUCCGGAGUUCUUUAGUCCUUU